AUGGGGCAAUUAUCAAAUAUUUUAUCGCAGCGCGUGGAAUUGUUAGCAACUAAUUACGAAGAGGAUCGCAUGGAAAUACGUAUGCAUUUUGCAUUGCUUGUGGGCGUCUGUUUCGGGGUCGCCCAAGCUGCGGAGCAGCCGAUUCAUAUAGAAAUCGCCGAUCUGAGCCAUAUUUGUGAGGGACGCACGGAUGGUCACUUGGUGUCCCAUCCGCUGGAUUGUAAUGCGUACUUCGCCUGCGGCUCGUUGGCCACGCUCCAAUACUGUGAGGAGGGACUCCACUUCGAUGCAGCUGAACUGGUGUGCGAUGUGCCCGAGAAGGCCAAUUGCACUGCCAUGGAGGGCAUAUCCGCAGUGACGACCACGGCGCCAGGCGGAAUCGGGGACCCUGCCAUCGGAGCUAAGCCCUAUGCCGAUUACAACUGGUGGAUGGGCAAGCCACAGCCGGUCUUUGUGGCCGUCGAUGUGGAGACUGGCGAGGCCGUGAGUCCCAUGGAGAAGUACGAUCCAGAGCACGUUGAAUGCCGUCACUUUGGUGCAUACUUUAUGCCCCAUCCCAGUAAUUGCCAGCUGUACUUUAUUUGCGCCUACGGCCAUCUGCAUCGUCAUCAGUGCGGCCGCGGCACCCUCUGGAAUUACAGGAGCUCCGAGUGCCAGUUGAGCGCGAACGCCGAGUGCUAUAACUACAGCCAGGAACCUGCGGUGGAUGUGCCGAAAGAGCAGAGUACCACAUCUGGCCAAGUAACCAUCUGCUAUAUCGUGAACACCAGCAGCACCUUGCCCAGCCUGUCCAGUGAACGUGAGUCGACCACAAGCGCGUCUGCCCCAACGCCACCAAGCCCACCAUCAAGUGCACCACACAGUGCUCUGAAGUGUCCAUCGGAGCGCCAGAGCUAUCUGCCGCAUCCCGAUGACUGUGGCAAGUACUACAUUUGCAUAGCGGGCAUGCCGGUGCUGACCUCCUGUCCCAAGGGUCUAUACUGGGACCAGAAGGCCGGCUAUUGUGACCAGGCUAAGAACGUCAAGUGUUUUCAAAAUCAAUAAAUAAAUGCAUCCCAUUGGGGCUUGCCAACAC